AAAGCCAUCCAAGCUAUCCAAGAAAAUAAUUUUGAAACUGCUUCAGAUUAUUUAUACUCAUUCUACCGAAAGGUAGCUCGAGAAAAUGGAAUCCAACUCUCUAGAUGGUCUACAAUAAACAAAUAUAUACGUAAGAAAAGUGAGCAGACUAACCCACUUUGUCUGCAUGAGUUCUUCGUAUCUAUAAAAGAUUUCUGUUCACUAGAGGAUUUCACAACAUUAAGUGACCGAUUUCCCAUUUCAGCUUUCUUACGAGAUCGCACUCUUAUCCUUACAUGGGAUAUAGAAACAUAUGCCUCACAAAUGGAAGAAUUUGCAGAAGUUCUUGAACAGAAAAACAAGGUCUUUAUGAUUGGUAUGACAUUACAUUGUAAAGAUGAUCCAAAACUAUUAAAACAAAUCUGUAUUGUUGGUGUUGAAACUGCACCAGACCCACGAUGGUAA